AAAACGCGACGCCAUGGCUUGCGUUGCUACUUCAACGGCGCUCCAUCAAUCGAAGUUCCAAGUCCUCCUACCACCAUCAGUCUUUGCAUCCCCUUCCCACCUCUCCUGCUGGCAGACCUUGCCCAGCACCGGUCUCUUGAGCAACGAUGGGUCUCCUGCUAGCACCCUACAACAAUGCUAUGCGACUUGGACAAGGGUUCAAUUCGUAUACGCACGAGAUUUGCAUCGAUGACGCCGUGACCACCAGUCCUCUACAGUCCGAGAAUGUCCUGACUAACGAUGGCACGACGAUGCGUCUUGCGGCGAUGGUCCUCGGCAGAUCCAGCGCUUGGACGAAACAGGAUCAGAUUCUGCUAGAUGUCAGUCGUCUCGCCUCAGCUCAGCAAGAACGUCUUGACAAGGAAAGAACUCCGCAUGUGGAAGCUGUUGAUGCUGCGAAGCCGACUGAGAGCAAAUCAAACGAAGAGGCAGCAGAAGUCCUUGCCGACUUGGACGGCGUUCCAGCUGCACCAGUUGAGCCAGAGCUAACUGCGACGGCUACCACAGAGUCUGCGUCGGAUGAGCCCCUUGCAGCUCCCGAAGCUGCGCAAGCUGCAGCAGAGCUUGAUGCCCCUCCUCCCACCGUGGAAGACACCACCUCUGAUGAAGUUCGAGCUGCACCAGCAGGGGACGCAACAGAUUCCGCGGCAGAGCCACUUGCCGAUGCUGCCCCUGGCGGUAGCCCUGACGGUCUGGGAAGCGAAUCCUUUGACGCAAUCCACAAGUCAGAAGCCGGCGACGCAGCGCCAUCCACCGCAGAAGGCACAGCCUUGAUUGAGCCAUCCCAUGCAGCUGGUGCUAAGCUAGGAAGCACUGCUGAAGAGAAGGCAGCAGAAGCUGCGCCCACCGCGGUAGGCGCGGAAGGCGAGGAUGUCAAGCCAGACACCACCUCAAAGAAGGUCGGAACGGGAGCGGCUGAGGUUGGCGAGCUGUCACCAGGCGGCGUCGGUACUACUACAGCAGCCACGACUGGAGACAAGACAAGCGCCGCAGCAGCCGCGAAGAAGGGCGCAGCGCCACCAGCAGAAGACCCAGUAGCCAAAGCGAAGCGCGAAGCGGCGCAGCAAGCUGCUCUCAAGAAACAAAUUGCUGCGGACCAAGAUAAAGCAAUCAGGCGCAAGGAACGCGACCCUGCCAUGGCCGAUGCAGCCGACAAAUUCAAGAACACGCUUGACCUCAAAGCAAUGAUUGAAGCUCACAAAAAGCUCAUUUUGGAAGCUGAGAAGUCACGAGAAAAGAUGAACACGGCGCUUUUGAACAAGGGCAGGAAGACUAUGAUCUUCGACAUUAAGAGCUCCAGAGGCGUGAGCCAGACCGUCAUCUACCGGGCCGAAUUCAUCGACAAGCUCAGCGAGAUCACCAAUGAUCUCGGUAUCAGCGCCGCACUUUCAAUCCAGAAAGGCUCCAUCGGCGGCUCCGGGAAGGGAUCCUUCAUCGACACGGACAAAUUCAAAUCGUCUGACCUCAACUUUUACAUCAGCGUCAAGGUAGUCAAUCAGUCUAUCAACUUUCGCGAUUGCCUUGAGUACAACCCAUGCGGCGAUGGCAUCGAUGAGAGCAACUUUCGCAAGGUGUUCGGCGACUCAUUCAUCAGUGGAUUUCUCGAGGGCGGUGAGCUGACCGCUUUGGUCACUAUGAAGGUUUUGAACACAAGCAAAGCGAGAGAUAUCAGCGUUGAAGGUGCCAUCACCGUUGGAACUUCCAGCUUCGACGUCUCCGGCCAAGUAGCUUACAAGAGUGCUAAAGCCAACCUCGAGCUCAACACCGAGACCACCAUCCAGGUCAACUGGCUUGGUGGAGGUGUCAUCAAGCCUCCCAACGAGCCUUGGACCGUCGAGUCCCUUACUCGUGCUGCGGCGCGCUUCCCAGAUCACGUAGCUGAGACGCCUCAACGGACCUACGCUAUCCUCACUAAGUACGAGUCAUUGCGAAGUUUCCAAGCUCUGAAGCCGCCCAAACUCAUCCCGGUAGCCUACGAAAAUGCGGCAUUGUACACAAACGAGCUGCUGGAUGUCUUUAUGAGCUACAAGGCCCUCUACAGUCGACUGUCUGUACAGAUUGCCGAGAUUCAAAAUAACACCUCGAAAUUCAGGAAGGCAGAGCUCGCUGGACAGCAGAAAGACUUAGAUGAUGGGAUCAAGAAGCUGCGCGAGCAGGCUAAAAAUGGCAUUCAAGGUGCUAAGCUGAUUCUUGACGGCACAGGAAAUUGGAGUACUCUGUCACCGCUUCACAAGAAGCAGCGCAUCGGCCUCUUUCCCCCUACUCUUGAUGGGCUGGACGCUGCUCGUCAAGCCGUCCGUCUUCAAAUGAACUUCGUCAUCAAUCGCGUUGAAGAUGUUACAAAGAGGCCCGAUCACGUGCUGUCGCAACCGGCAGAGGAGUUCUUAUCGCCUUUCGCCUUUGAAACCCUUUUGCCUGCUCUGGAGCCAGCUCAGCGCUCCACCAAACGCACUUCACCCCUCACCGGAGAGAGAAUGUAUGUCAGCUCGCAAGAAGCCGAGAAGCAGCAAAGCGACAGUAAGAAGACGUCUCAGGAUGUGAACGGUUCUUACGGAGAUUUGUCAGAAUGCUCUAAGCUGUGCUUCAUCAAGCAGCCGACGAAAGGCGAGACGCUUGACUACCAGCUGCAACUCUUCAAAGACGAAGUCAAGGGUCUAGAGACAUUCCUUGCCGCGCGCGGAGAUGGUAUCGAGGAGAGCAUUCGCCUAACUCCACUCAUCGGAAAUCAGGAGACCGUUCCUGCGCCAGGUUCCUUGUUUAGCAGCUUGGAUUUCGUCAAGCCUGGAUUCUUGCUUAAGUCUUUGACCGUAAAGAUGAACGAAGGCGUCGUCUGCGGUCUCAUUUGCAAAUACACAAAUGGGCUUUCUUGGAGGCGAGGCAAGACCGACGUGCCUAACGUGCAAGGCGCAACGACUUCCAUUUCCCUCAAGCCAGAUGAGCGCAUCACGUCCAUCGUUCUGGUGUCCGGCACAGAGGCGAUUGAUCGAGGAAUCGACUCGAUCUUGUCCCUCAAAUGGUGUACGAAUCACGGUCACUCUGGCGUUGCGGAGAGCGCGGAGACCAGAAGAGCGGGCUUUGGUCGAAGGAUCAUCAACGGCAGACCCUUUCACAAGAUUCGAACAAUCACCUUUGACUCUCCUCUAGAGCGCGGAUACGUUGUCGGCUUCUGGGGACGCAGUGAGCAGACCGAAGAUGACGCUGCCCUGUGGCGUCUCGGCAUGGUCUGGGCGAAUCAAAAUCCAAGCGAUGCUAAGAAAGAUCCAGCACGGGAUCAGAAGCAAGCUCUGGCACGUGCCAUCGACGAAAAGAACGAGACGCGUCUCGAAGACGCACUGGCAGUGAAGAGAGCUUGGGAUGACGACAAGCGCAAAUCGAAGGUUGAGUCUGACGCAGCAGAGAAGAAAAUCUUAGCCCUUAACAGGGAACUUGCUCAAGCCAAAAAAGACGCUGCCACUGCUGCGCGCGAAGCUCUCGACCGCGAAGCCAAGGCUGCAGAGGCCGCCGCGGCUGCGCGAACGACCGACCAGACAGAAGCAGACAGAAAACUCAAGGAAGAGGUUGAGCACAAGCGUGCAGAGCUUCAAAAACGCAUCGACGAGCUUGAAAGCGUGAAAACGCAGCUCGAAAAUGACAAGACGGAUCUCGGAAAACAGCGCGAAGCUGCUGUAGAGCGUGGCAACAACGAUGUUCGCACGAAGGUGGAAGAGAAGAGGGUUGAGCUGCAAAGACAGAUUGACAACCUUACAUCUGAAAAGAACUCUGCAGAGCAAUCAUCGAGGAGCGCUUCUCAGAGGAACCGAGAGCUCAAUGAUCAGACUGAAUUACUCAGAAUGAUGAGAUAUGGAGCAAAUUGUUGGCUGGUCAUCGGCCCAUGCUGGGUUUUCGACUGGCACGUGGGUAUCAACAGACUCACAAUCCACUCUGUUCAUAGAGGGGCCAACCAACGCUGGCUUCUGCAGCCCGUCAGUGAUGACGCUUACUGGAUCAGGAGCUAUGAAAAUUGGAAUGGCAGGGUGUGGUACCUUGCUACGGAAGGCAGCGACAAUUAUCGCGGCGAGUGCGCUCUAGCUUUGCGAGAAAAUAACGGAGACGAAUGGAUCUGCCGCAAAUCACCUCACAAGACUAACGCUGUCGAAUUUGUGCUCAAGCGAGACCAAAGAUACACAAUCAGGUGGCCUUCCAACAGCCGCGAAGAGAGCGCCCAGGUCUACGCGUACAGUGGCAGCGACAAAUGCGAGAGAGACGGUGUUGAGGUACAUUACCCAUUCUAGGCAGCUCUCCUGCCGCAAAGCUGUUCUUCCGCACCGUGGCUCAUUUUGAAAGCAAAUGCUCGUUCGCUGGUGCCUCUUGCGUGAAUCGUCAAUGUCGGACCAAGACCUGCCACGACGAACCGCGC